UCCAGCCACUGACCCCGCCCCUCGGCAACCUUUGACCGGUACGUGAACACGUCACACGCAGCGCCGACGGAAGCGAGUUGCUGGACGGCGAUGGCGGCGCCCAAGAGCGUUCCGCGGGAUGCGCAGGUUAUGGCUCAAAUUCUAAAGGAUAUGGGUAUCACUGAAUAUGAACCAAGAGUUAUUAAUCAAAUGCUGGAAUUUACCUAUCGAUAUGUUACUACAAUAUUGGAAGAUGCUAAAAUUUAUUCUAGUCAUGCGAAAAAGGCAAGUGUUGAUGCAGAUGAUGUAAGGCUGGCUAUUCAGUGUCGAAUGGACCAUUCGUUUACAUCCCCUCCUCCUCGAGAUUUUCUGCUAGAGAUUGCUCGACAGAAGAAUCAAAACCCACUACCAUUGAUAAAACCGUAUGCUGGGCCGAGGCUACCUCCGGACAGAUACUGUCUAACAGCUCCAAACUACAAACUUAAGUCAUUGCACAAAAAGGUAACAUCAUCUGCUGGAAGAAUAACGGUACCUAGACUAAGUGUUGGAGCUUGUGUCACCAGUCGACCCAGUACACCAACACUGGGUACUCCUUCAUCACAAACAGUGGCAGUAACUGCAAAAGUUGGAACUCCUGCAUCAUUAGCUGGACAGAGAUUUACAGUACAGAUCCCUUCUUCACAAGCUACAGUUAAACCAGCCACAGGAAUCUCAACAACUUCAGUCCAAAAUGUACUGAUAAAUCCAUCUCUGAUUGGCUCAAAAAAUAUUCUUAUCACAACGAACAUGGUCUCAAACUCAAGUAGCACCACUGAGUUAAACCCAUUGAAACGGAAACACGAAGAUGAUGAUGACUACGAUGCUUCCUAAAAAAUGGAUAUAACCAACCUUGCUAAGUUACUUUCAAAGUAAAGCAAAUAAUUUAAGACUCUCAGGUGCCCAAAAUUCUCUAUAGACUUGUUUGAGGUUGUUUUCAGGUCAUCAGUUUGGAUGGGCUGAGGAUGCAUUCAAUAAUGUCAAACCAAUUCAGUUUUGUUAUGGCAGUGCAACACUUAGAAUAUGGUAAGGCUGCUUUUCCGUUUAAAUUAAAAUACCAGUGAAGAACUGUUCAAACCAUGAGCAACAGAAGUCUUGGGUCACUCCUUGCCAUCGGCUUAUUUCUAAAUUAUUUUAUGUUUGUUCUCAUUUUCUGUAUGUAAAUUACUUUUAACAUGAGAACCAUUUCCACAAUUACUGAAAUCAUUUCUGAGCUCUGAAUCUGGAUUGUGUUGAUUUUUCAUUUUCCUUUUAUUUAAGCAAAUUGUUGUCGGUAUCCCUGUAUCUAAAUGGCUUAAGAAAUUGGUGUUAUUGCUCAUAUCAAAUUCACAUCUGUUUAUUUUGUAAAAUAUACAUUUUCUGCUACUUUAUUCACUUGUUCCAGUUGUAUUAUGAUACAAUGCUAUUGUAUAAUGAAUCAGUCUUUUGUGAAAUAACCUUUUGGUUUGUUAUCUCUACUUAGUAAAGUAAAUUUCAGUAUCAAUCCAACGUCAUGUUUCAUUACUUAACUUAGUUCCUUGUAACACUGGAAUUAUUUUUGGAUUUCUUUUAGAGGCUAGAUUACAGUUCAUUGCCUUUUUUAUAUAACAAGGAACUCAUUCUUAACAGUAAUACAAAUUUCUUACCAAUUUGAAGCAUACUUUACAAUGACUGUUCUGAUUUGCAUUGAGAUUU